AUGCUGGCAGCCACCGGGGAGGGCAGCGUGGACACGGGGGACCCCGGGGUCGGGACCCGGGCGGGCCUGGCGACAGCCACCCACGACAAACCUGCCCAAUCUGGCUUCCGCGCGCGGGCCGGGUUGUGGCGGAAACGGGGCGGGACGGAGAGGGCCCGGCCCCGUCUCGACUUGCUCAGUGGGUUUCUGACGUCCACUUUGAAACUUUUCAUUGUAGGUGAAUUUGACAGACAAGAAGAUGACAUUCACUUAGUGACGUUGUGUGUGACAGAACUAAAUGACCGGGAAGAAAAUGAAAAGCACUUUCCAAUCAUCUACGGCAUCGCGGUCAACAUUAAAACUGCAGAGAUUUACAGAGCCUCCUUCCCAGACCGAGGCCCGGAGGAGGAGCUGCGUGCCGCCCGAGCUCUGACAGGAGGCCCAAUGAUUAGUAUUUACGACGCAAAGACAGAACAACUUCGUAUAGGACCGUACUCCUGGAUGCCAUUUCCACAUGUGGAUUUCUGGCUGCAGCAAGAUGAUAAGCAAAUACUAGAGAACCUCUCCACUUCACCUCUGGCUGAGCCACCCCACUUUGUCGAACAUAUUAGAUCUACCUUGAUGUUCUUAAAAAAACACCCAUCUCCAACCAACGCACUGUUUCCCGGAAACAAGGCUCUCCUCUACAAAAAAAAUGAAGAUGGUUUAUGGGAAAAGAUCCCUUCUCCAGGAAGCUAAACACGGGCAUCACCAAAGGGCAACUUUUGGCCUGAGAGACACCACCAUGGGGACCGUGGGGCCUGGAAAGAAUAUGAACCAGAAUCCGCAUCCGCUGAAUCUUAGGUCUCCUUCCUUACUGUCCUUCAAAUGACUUU